AUGAAGUGGUGGAGGGAGGUGGACAAGUGGCGAGGCCGCACGGACGAGGAGAGGGGAGGGGAGGAAGGCGAGGAGGAUGAGGAGCUGGUGGAGGUGCUGCUCCGAGGCAAAGCGCCCUGGGGCUUCACCCUGAGGGGAGGAACCGAGCACCGAGAGCUUCUGGUCAUCACCAAGGUGGAGGAGGGCAGCGCGGCGGCAGCGGUCCAUCUGCAGGCCGGUGACGAGAUGGUGAGCGUGAACGCCGUUCCCCUCAGCGGCUCCCGUCAGGAGGCCAUCUGCCUGGUGAAGAGCUCCCACAAGACCCUGACCCUGGUGGUCCGAAGGAAGAAUGAUCCGGGCUCACGGCCUCAUACCUGGCACUCCUCCAAGCUGACAGAAGAGGAGUCGGAGCCCGCUGGGAGAGAGGCCACUCCAGCACCAGUCUGGCAACCAAAACAUGAAGCAAGGCCCAAAGAGUCGUCCACACAAGCGGAUCAGAAGCCUCAUUGUCAGCCACCCAGUCAGUUCAGCUCAGUGAACAACAUGGAGAGACUGGACCGUCCGUCUCAUCUCUACCCAGCAGGUCGUCUUUCCCCGACCAAAUACAUCAGCAGCACUGAGCCGCUCUGUGGACCAGGAGGCAAGAGAGACUCCGGGUUCAGCUGUUUCUCCAACGGCUCCAGCCCUCCGGCUCAUGAGCAGAGCGCCUCAGGGAGGAAGGGCACGAGCACCGAGAACAUUUUCUUCAAGGGCCUUCAGAGCGAAGGGCCUCAGCAGGCCGGGCGGCCCCGGUACCUGCAGCCGACGCUGGGGAGCGGAGGCUGGGAGGGGUCGCGGGCAGAGGAGCAGCCCGCCUCUCGGGUUUCAGUUGCAGGUCGACCCGGCACCGGCCCGGUGUGGCAGGUACCGGAGAAGAAGAAGUCCCAGUCUCCUCCUCCCCCACCUCCUCCCCUGCGCAGCGACAGUUUUGCCGCCACGAAGGUGUUCCCUUACUCUGAAGGGCCGAGCGGUCCGACAAAGAACAACGGCAGAUCAGUUGAAAAACAGUCUGAGAACAAAGAACAGAACGGCCUCAGAUCUCACCAGGAGAAAACCUCAGAGGCCAGACGGAGCUUCAACCCCCUCCCCACCAAAGACUUCCUCCAUCCCAACACGGCAGCUGACCACAACCACAACCAGCUGCACCCCAACAAACUCUUCUCCCUGUCCAGCACUGAUGUCCGACAGUCUCAUUACACCCAGGCUCCCACCCACCAGAGGCAGUACAGCGACGAAAGCCCCCUCUACCUGCAGACUAGAUCUGCCCCUCCCACCAAGACCCAGAGUGUGGGAAACUACUAUCGCAGCCUCCAGGAUCUGCCCACAAACAUCUUCGGCCGCAAACACGUCCGGCACUCCGCGGCCGCCACGACAGGUUCUGCUGCGAACCCAAACCUGGAGGGUGGGGGCCACAGCAGAUACUACAGCAUGGCGAGCAAGCAUUCGGUUCAGACCGCUGAGCUCAGGCAGGUGAAAGCAGAGAAACCUCACCGGGUAAACAGCAAUGAACCAGGUUUCCAAGGUUCCCUGAAGGCAAACGUUAAGGCGAAGUUUCCUCUACCUCAGUCCCAGGCGCCUUACAGUGAAAAUAAGGAGCGCAACGGUCAUUCCCAUCCUGGGAACGGUCUUCAUUAUGACCACCAGACGUCUGAACACUCGGCUCCAGGCCGCAGCCCAGAGGAUGCUGCAAAGAGAAGUGAAGGACACACGCAUGACAUGAAAAGACACUUUUCAACACAUCAAAGUAUUGAUCAUAAAAACAGUCUUUCAAGGCAGCAAGACCCAUGGGUGCCUCAAGAAGACCACCGGAUAUCCCCGCUGAAAACGCCGCUUCUCCACUCGCUGGCCCAGGAGAGCAGGAGUCUGGCCGAGAGACAACCGGCAGCGACGACCGUGGGUGUCAUGUCCACCCAGGAUGCUGGUGACACCAUGGCCAGCGGCAGUGGAAAAGCGAAUCGCCGCAGCGACCGUUACGCCACAACCCUCCGCAAGGAGAUCCAGCAGAAACGAGCUCAGCUGCAGAAGAGCCGCAGCGCCGCCACGCUGACCUGCGACGCAGAAGACGAGGAGGGAGAGGACUGGAGAUCCACAGAGACUUCUACGUCUUCCAGCGUCUCCUUUUCCAACACCUACAAGGACCACCUGAAGGAGGCGCAGGCCAGGGUCCUCCAGGCCACCUCCUUCCAGAGACGAGACCUGGAGCCCCUUGGACCGGAGGCGCAGGCAGUUAAAACCUCCAACGCACGCAUCAGAGGACGUAAGCGCUUCCCCCUGGCAAAGAGGACGCACUCCUUCUCAGAGCCUGACAAGAUCGACAAGGUAGGAGUGGAGGGAGAACCUCAAACAGGGUCCUUCGGAGAACGGAGGAAGUUCUUUGAGGCCAAACCGGCGUUCUCCAGACCUGUGCUGAAGUCCAGUCAGGGUUCAAACCUGAACGCAGACCUCGGCGAGAAACUCAAACAGAGAACUCCGUCUGGAGAACCUGAGGAGGCUCACCCCCCCGCGGACCCCUACCACCUCCUCAACCCCGGACACAUGCAGACCUCACUGGAGCAGCAGAGGCUCGGCACCUUCGCCGAGUACCAGGCCACGUGGAACAAGCAGAAGAAGUCGUCGGAGGCCAAGACGCAAGGGAGGUAUCACUCUGCAGAGAAUAUCUUAGACGCAGAUUCUGAGGAGAAGACCAUCUGCGUCCAUGAGAGAUCCAGAUCGUCCCCCUCUGCAGACUUCUACACACAGAAUAUUCCUUCAUCAUGGAGAGACCCUCAAGCCCAGCAGAGCACUUACACCACCAGAGGGAAGUCAGAGAACAGGCAGCGAUACCAGCCUGACCACAGCCCACAGGCGGCCCCGCCGGCCCCCAGAAACGAGGGCCCAAUCCCGGGCCUCUCUGACCACAGGACCAAACCAGAUGCCGCCAAUCCCUCCCACACCACCCUCUCCUCUGGCCCUCGUAGCCUCAGCCCCAACCCUGGCUCCCAGCAUCCAGCCCAGCCUCCACAAACCAAGGGCCUCCUGCCGCCGCCCAGGCCCCAUUUAGGCCCAGAAACCACAUCCUCCUCCCAGGAAUUCCUCGCUGGGGCCCAGGCCGACCAGUCAGCGCUCCAGCCUCUGUCCAGAUCCAGCUCCGACACCCAGCACCAUGCUGCUGCUCGGGGCUCGUCCGCGGGCCCCGCCCCGGCCAGCUCCCCUCACCUCAGCAGGACACCCGGACCAGACAUGAGCGAAGGAGAUGUAGACACUGAGCAGGAGAAGGAGCAGCCACCUCCACCUUCCUCCUCUCCAUCCCCGUUCUCCUCCUGGGCGGACGCUCUGUCUCUGCCCACGGCGGACCGAGCGCGGUCUCCCUCGCCGCAGUUCGCACCGCUGAGACUGACCGACAAGCCGCCGGCCGUGUCCGUGUGGGAUGACUCACCGCUCAGGUCGGAGAAUGAGUCGAGGUUUGCAGAAGUGAUGGAUGUGAAGAGUCUAGUGAGGAAAGUCCCCGUGAGGAUCGUCCACGCCGAGAGCAGCUCAGAUCGGGAGGGGCGGGCCUACCUGCCCCAAAGCGGCGACACCUGCAGCUUCUUCGGGCCGCCGCCCCACGUCCCCUGCCUGGGCGCCACAGAGCACCCGGCCUCGUCCCUGUUCAGCGCCUACACCCGCCAGGCCGCUCCGGACCCGGGGCAGGCUUCGGCGCCGGCCCAGGAGUCGGCGCCCGAGCUGCGGCGCUCGGAGGAGGACGCCAAGAGAGAGGAACUGGCCAGGGACAUCAUGGGCAAAGACAAGUCCCUGGUGGACAUCCUCGACCAGAGCGGCAGGAAGACCACCAUGGACCUCAUGGAGGGACUCUUCCCCUCAGAGGAGCAGAUCCUGGAGGGAGCCCAGCAGCGGAGGAGGGCCUCCGCCAGCUCCAGGCUGCCCACCGCCUCCCCCAGGAGCAUGGACAGGAGGGAGGAGGAGGAUGUGUGUGUGUCAGCAGCAGCCUCCCUGGUGCCCAGCUCCUCCUACUACAACACAUCGGCUCCUAAAGCCGAGCUGCUCAUCAAGAUGAAGGACAUGCAGGUGCAGCUGGAGGAGCAGGACUCUGAGGACGAGCUCGACGUCGACCUGGCCAGUAAAAAGCAAGAGCUGAUCUCCAGCCUGGCGAGGAAGCUGGAGGUGCUGCGGGAGGCCCGGCAGAGCCUGCAGGAGGACGUGGAGGACAACGAGACUCUGGGCCGCGAGGUGGAGGCCACCGUGCAGCGCCUCUGUCAGCCCAACCAGCUCGACAAGUUCCGCAUGUUCGUGGGCGACCUGGACAAAGUGGUGAGCCUGCUGCUGUCGCUGUCGGGGCGGCUCGCCCGCGUGGAGAACGCCCUCAACAGCCUGGAGGACGAAGCUCCGCCAGAGGAGAAGCGCACCCUGACGGAGAAACGCAAGCUGCUGAUGCGGCAGCACGAGGACGCCAAGGAGCUGAAGGAGAACCUGGAUCGUCGAGAGCGGCUGGUCUCCGGGAUCAUGGAGGUGCACCUGGACGCCGGGAGCCUGGACGACUACCGGCACUUCGUCAAGAUGAAGUCGGCUCUCAUCAUCGAGCAGCGCAAACUGGAGGACAAGAUCAAGCUGGGCGAGGAGCAGCUCAAGUGCCUGUUGGACAGUCUGCCGCUGGAGCAGAGGCCGCUGCUCUGAUGCCGACGUCCUGGAUCAGGACCGGGCGCCUGGACCGCAAGUGAAGGUGCAACAUGUAGCAUUUUUGAUAUUAAUGUCUUUGUUAGAUUGAGACGACUUCAAGCCUCUUGUUUCAUGCUCGUUAUUAUUUCUCACGAUUAAUACCAAUAAUAAUUUCCCACGAGGCCGUUUUCUACCAGGAAACUAAAGAUGACUCACUCAGCGAGAAGAUAAAUGGCGGCUUCACUCAGGCCUCAGAUAUUUCACUUAAUGUCCAGACAAGAAGCCGGAGAGACGAUGUGACGCAUCAGUGAUUAAACAAACUGUAACCACAGACACAAAAGUUCCUGUGGUUGAAAUUGGCUCAUCAACGUACUGAAGGAGAUUCUGGUCUUUCCCUCCCGUCACCGUCUUCUGGAUCCAGAAACUCACUCUGGAACAACAGCGUCCUUUUGUUGAUUAAUUGAUUCAUUUGAUUUCAUGUAAAACUUCCCAAACUUCACUUCGCUCUGGACACUCAUGUCUCAGUGUCCCACUAAUCAUGACUUUGAGUAUUUUAUUGAGGCGGCCAUGAUUUCAUCUCCACAGAUAAAUCCUCUGACUCACAGGCUCCUUUCAGGCCGCCAGUGUUCCUGCUCCUGAACGCCCCCCAGAGACACCGAGCUUUGAAAAAUCCCCAAACUAUAAUUCCUCAGCCGGUGUGUGAACACACACAUGUGCUCGUCUCUUCAUCUCCUCCCUUUCAUAUCUGUGUUUCCUGAGCUGGACUGAAGCUGCAUCAUGAGCUCACGCCUCCGCUGCUCGUGGCUGUUUGUAAUGAAUCAUCAUCGCGUGUGUUUUAAGUUUCAAAGAAAUAUUUUCUAGUAAUUUAUUGUAGCCUUUUUUCUUUUUUCUUUUUUUGAAGACGUGUAUGGAGAAAGGGAAGAUGUUUUCCCGGUAAUUUAAUUUGACUCUUGACGUAUUUCUUGUUUCCCGAUGAAAUGAAACGAAGAGUUUGAUUCCUCGUCGUCCUCCUGAGUGGAGCUCUCUGAUUCACGCUGGACUUAGAGGCGGAUCCGAGAACCGGAGAGAGACGACGCCGACUCGUUCCGGCAGCGCAGACGUUGAUCAUUUCAGGCUUUCACUCACACUUGGUGCUUUUAGCUGAAGCUCCCAUCCAGACAUCCUCCUGACUCCUGUACGUUUUCUACUUCAAGGGACUGAGGUGCAGCUGGUGUUUUCCAUGGAGGUUAAUGAUGAAGUUAGCACUUUACUCUCUGCUUUGGUCCUUUUAGGGGACGCCACAUAUUUAUCUGAAGACGUGCCUACUGUAGCCCCCCCCCCCCCACUGUGAUCCACAUGGACUGAUGUGGGUAUGGCCCACACUUGAUGUAUGC